CAGUCUGUUCCGUGCACUUUUUGUAAAAAGACUACUGUCAUUUAAUUAAGAUGCGUCUGCUAUUUUUUGUGAUUUUCGCGACUCUUUUCGCUAUGGCAAUGUCUGGCCAGUGCUCUCCAACAUGCAUCAGAAAAUGCCAAGCGCUGGAAGGAUGCUUUUUAGUGGACGACUUCAAAUCACAUUGCGAAUGCUUAUGUCCAGAAGGAAGAGGAAUGAUUUCUCCAAAUAGAGCAUAUAGAUGUCAAACUGAAUUCUUUUGAGCUAUUCGCUAGUUGUUAAAAUUUGAAAUUCGUUGUUGUUUUUUUAUUAUUUGGUUUUUUCGGUUGUUUUUUUAAGGUGAACGUAUCACACAUACUUUUACUCAUUUUCACGCAUUUAAAUUUAACCACGUCUAUUGUUGUUUAAAGUUAGUUCUGAACAGUUUAAUCGAAUGAAUUUUUGUUCAUUUGC